AUGAAUGGUACUGUUGUGAUAAAGAAACUUGAAUCGGAUCACACAUGUCCAAGGGCUAUGAGAAACAAGAUUGUGACCUCUAAUUGGAUUGCCAGAAAAUAUUUGCAUGUGUUUAGAAUUAGAUCAGAGUUCAGUUGCAAGGAAUUGGGUAAGGAUUUGAUGCAGCGGUUUGCAUUUGAUGCAACCAAGUGGAGGUUAUACCAUUCUAAGAGAAAGGUAAUUGAGAUGCUGGGGGGAACAGUGGAAGCUCACUACGCAAAGCUGAGGAGCUAUAUGCUUGAGUUGGGUAAGGCUGACAGAGAAGGAAGGUUUGAACUACAUGUAGAUGUAGGUGUUAUAUUCAAGGCUUUGUACAUUGGUUUCAGUGGUCUAAGGAAGGGUUUCAAGGAGGGUUGUAGGCCGGUGAUUGGUCUAGAUGGUGCUUUCCUUAAGAUAUAUCUAGGUGGCAUAUUGCUAACAGCUGUAGGGAUUGAUGGACACAGCCAAAUGUAUCCCAUUGCUUGGGCAGUGGUGGAAGCUGAGAAUGAGGUUUGCUGGACUUGGUUCAUAAAAAUACUUGUUGAAGAGUUAACCUUGGGUGAGGGAGUAGGAAUUACCAUAAUCAGUGAUCAACAAAAGGGACUUGAAAAUGCAGUUCAGAGUCUACUUCCAUUUGCUGAGCAAAGAAACUGUGCAAGAAAGCUGGAGAAGGAAGAUGGACAGGCUUAUGCAGACUUAAUGGACAAGAACCCCUGCAGAUUUUGUAAGGCUUUUCUAACACCUGGCAAUUGCUCUGAUGCCAUUUUAAACAAUGUUUGUGAAUGUUUCAAUGCUUAUAUUCUGGAGGCAAGGAGUAAGCAUGUGUUAGACAUGCUAGAUGAAAUGAGAACCACACUCAUGGAGAGACUGUAUAGAAACAGUGUAGAAAUGGAGAGUGGUGGUAUCAAUUCAACUGUGUGUCCAAAAGUGAGGAAAAAAAUUGAGGCCAUGGUUUAUGAAAGUAGAAACUGUACUACUAUUCCUGCAGUUGGGGGAAAAUUAGAAGUUAGUCACUUUGAGGAUAAGUUUGUAGUGACUCCUUCCUUAAGGCAAUGUGGGUGUAGGAAAUGGGAUUUAACUGGCAUCCCUUGUCUUCAUGCAUGCGCUGCUAUUCAUUUCCUCAAACAUAAUGUUGAUGGUUAUGUCCAUGAAUACUUCUCCUUGAGCAAGUACAAGUUGGCAUAUGGAUAUGGGUUGCCAGCAUUGAAUGGAGAGAAGCUCUGGCCUCAGGCGGAGGGGUACCCGGUUGUACCUCCACCUGUGAAGAAGAUGCCCGGCAGGCCGAAGGAGGUUAGAAGGAGGGAUCCAUUAGAGAAGGAUCCAGCCAGACCCAACAGAAUGAAGAAGAUAUGUGUGAUGACAUGCCGGAAGUGUUUCCAAGAAGGCCACAACUCCAGAACUUGCAAAAACGAGCCAGUCGAAGUGCAACCUAAGCCAAAGGCCAAGAUGGGAAGGCCUCGCAAGACACCAUCCAUUGCAGAAAGUGGUACCACCGCAAUAACGGGGAGAGGUGGAAGAAUGGGAGGCUGUGGUGGAGGCCGUACUGGAGGAUGUGGUGGAGGCCGUGGAGCAGGUGAUGGCUCAAUCCCCACGCAGCAAAGCAACAACAACAAUGGUUGA